AUGGCAGGGUCAGGCCAUGGCUCUGGUGGCCCCCAACCCUCAUCCCCUCGUUACCGGUACCUGGACCUGCUCUUUGCCCUCCUGGGCGCUGCUGCUUUCUUGGCAGACCUGGUCGCUGAUCUGUGGGUGGCCUCCAGCUACAUGCAGGCUGGGCACUGUCUCUGGGGGGGGCUGGUGCUGGCACUGCUGGGCCUCUCCUCCCUGGCCAUGCAGUUCUUCAGCUGGGCCUGGUACCAGACGGACGACAUCGAGCAGGACCUUCCCAGUGGCUGCUGCCUGGCUGUGGUGCACCUCCUCCAGUUGGGCUAUCUCUACAGGUGUCUCCGUAUGCUGAGAGUGGGCUGGCGAGUAUGCAGGGCAGAGACUGCACCACAGCAGGAGCGAGGCUACGCUGUCUUCCUGUCCCACGACAUCAGCAUGCUGCGCCUCUUUGAGACCUUCCUGGAGAGCACCCCUCAGCUCACGCUUGCUCUCUCCAUUGUUCUGCAUACAAACAAGGUGGAGCUUUUCCAGGGGCUCGGAAUUUGCACUGCCUCCCUAUGCGUGGCAUGGUCACUACUGGAUUAUCACCAGUCCCUCCGCUGCUUCCUGUUGGACAAGCAUGAGCUGGGCCCGCUCUCCUCCACCAUCUACUUUCUGUGGAAUUUCCUCCUCCUCUGCCCCCGCGUCCUGGCAGUCGCACUCUUCGCCACACUCUUCCCGUGCUACAUCGGCCUGCACUUCCUGGGCAUCUGGGCUGCCAUGCUCCUCUGGGUCUGGCUGCAGGACACUGCCUUCAUGGAGUGCCCCAGGCGGGAAUGGCUCUACAGGGCAACGGUGGCCGUGAUUCUAUAUUUCUGCUGGUUCAAUGUGGCCAAGGGGCAGACGCGGCAGCGCAGCGCAAUCUAUCAUGGCUUCAUCCUGGUGGACAGCGUGCUCCUCGCUGGCUCCUGGCUCUGGUACAGUGCCCCUCUGCAUGAGCACUCCUAUCUGCUCCCUGUGCUUCUCGCUGCCCUGGUCUGCUCUGUGCUCGGGCUGCUGCUGAGAAUCACCUACUACAAGUGGCUCCACCCCACGCUGCAGACCCGGCGCCAGGCCAGCUAUGAUGAAGUAGACACUGCAGAAGGACUAGCCGAUUCCCGAGCUGGCCCAGCGCCGGCCCCUGUGAACAGACGAAUGUACCAGCUGUCCCAGAACCACUUCUUGGUCUCUUUGCAGGCCGGGCAAAACUGGGGGAAUGGUGUCCUGGAUGACAUGUCUCUCUGA